AUGGCAAAUUUACCAUCUUUUCUUGUCAUCUUGAUAACCAUUAAUGCUCUAGCCAUCACCCUUGAAGCUGGCUGCAACAAACCAGCCCUUUUCCCCUUCGGAGACUCAUAUCUGGAAUCGGUUGGUCUCGCGCAGCAACUGAAGAACUUCAAAGACGAGAUUAAGAACUUAACCCGCGCAUUAGGCAGUAACGCGGCUAAAAAGAUUGUAUCGAAUGCUGUGUACCUCAUCUCGUUAGGCGCGAGCGAUUUCAUUUCCCCUUUCACGUUAAAUGUUACAAUUCCCGACGAGCAGCAGUACGUGAACAUGAUGAUUGGGAAUUUGUCGACCGUGUUCGAUACAAUAUACGAUCUCGGAGGAAGAAAAUUCGCGUGGCUGAAUGUGCUGAACUUGGCCUGUGCACCGGGCCUGAAAGCCGUCAAUAAAGAAAACGGUUGCCUUAAAAAAGCCUCGGAAAUUGUCGGACUAUACAAUGAGGCUCUCAAAACGCUGCUCUCGGAUAAAGAGAAGUCGUUAGAUGGCUCGAGAAUUGUUCUAUUCGACCUUGCAAGCGGUGUAGCCAAAAUGACAGCCGAACCAACCAUAUACGGUUUCGAAGAGGCGGAAAGCGCGUGCUGUGGGAGUGGAAAUUCGAACGGUAUAUUCAGCUGCGGAAGGAUUCCCGAGCACUAUAACCUCUGCCCGAACGCGAGUGAUCACGUUUUUUUCGACUCAUUCCACCCGACUGGGAAUGCAUAUGAACAGAUAACUAAGGAAAUCUGGAACCAACGUAACGGAGGCGUGAAGAAACUCUUCGACUGCCUCGGCUAG